AUGGGGAGCGGUGGGUUCGAGGCGGUUGUUUCCCCUCCUCGCAGGUGCAAAGCGGCAGCUUCCUGAGUCACUCCUGCCCUCGCGUGUGUUUAGGGGCAGAUUCGUCUCUCCCGGGGAUGGAGGCGAAUCUGCCGAAGCGGAAAGAAACGCGCAAGUCGCUGAGGAUCAAAGUCAUCUCUAUGGGCAACGCCGAGGUGGGCAAGAGCUGUAUCAUAAAGCGGUACUGUGAAAAGAGGUUUGUUCCCAAAUACCUAGCGACGAUAGGAAUCGACUAUGGCGUCACCAAAGUGCAAAUUAGAGAUCGCGAGAUUAAAGUCAACAUCUUUGACAUGGCUGGGCACCCCUUCUUCUAUGAGGUUCGCAACGAGUUUUACAAGGACACUCAGGGGGUUGUCCUCGUGUAUGAUGUUGGCCAAAAGGAGUCAUUUGAUGCACUGGAUGGAUGGAUGGCUGAGAUGAAGCAGGAGCUUGGAGCUCAUGGAAACAUGGAAAACAUUGUCUUCGUUGUCUGUGCCAACAAGAUUGACUGCACCAAGCACCGCUGCGUGGAUGAGAGCGAAGGGCGACUGUGGGCAGAAAGCCGGGGGUUUCUUUACUUUGAGACCUCAGCACAGACAGGAGAAGGAAUCAAUGAGAUGUUCCAGAUCUUCUAUUCCGCAAUUGUUGAUCUGUGCGACAAUGGUGGGAAACGCCCCACAUCAAGCAUGAGCGUUGGGUUCACCAAAGAGCAGGCGGACACCAUUCGGAGGAUCCGCAACAGCAAGGACAGCUGGGACAUGUUGGGAGUCAAACCUGGAGCCACAAGGGACGAGGUGAACAAAGCCUAUCGGAAGCUGGCAGUGCUGCUCCAUCCGGACAAGUGCGUGGCUCCCGGCAGCGAGGAUGCUUUCAAAGCUGUUGUGAAUGCGCGGACGGCGCUUCUCAAAAACAUCAAAUAG